UUGCGGUCACGGCCGCUGCCGCCUCGCAGUCGUCCGGUAGCUGCCCGCCUUCCCGCUGCCGCCGGGCCCGCAGCUCCCAGGCGUGAGUGCAGGCGGCCCGCUGUGCCGCAUCCCCGUUCGGUACCCCGGCUGAAGGCCUGCCGUCGGGGACGGCUGCUCUCUUCCCUGUAGCCUGCCGGUUGAGACCUUAUCUGCAGGUUUACCUGUCUAAGAAAAGACCAUGUUUCCAAUCCCUUAACAGUAAAGCAUCCUUAAGUAUGGAGAACUUCAUUCUUUAUGAAGAGAUAGGAAGAGGAAAUAAGACCAUUGUUUAUAAAGGAAGAAGAAAGGGGACAAUUAAUUUUGUUGCCAUUCUUUGCACUGAUAAAUGCAAAAGAGCUGAAAUAACAAACUGGGUUCGUCUGACUCAUGAAAUCAGACACAAGAACAUAGUGACAUUUCAUGAAUGGUAUGAAACAAGCAACCAUCUCUGGCUUGUAAUGGAGUUAUGCACAGGUGGUUCGCUAGAAUCAGUUAUUGCUCAAGAUGAACAUCUACCUGAAGAUGUAGUGAGAGAAUUUGGUGUAGAUUUGAUUACCGGUUUACACCACAUUCAUAACCUUGGGAUUGUCUUUUGUGAGCUGACACCUGGAAAGAUUCUGCUGGAAGGGCCUGGCACUUUGAAGUUCAGUAACUUUUGCUUGGCUAAAGCAGAUGGAGAAAACCUGGAAGAAUUUUUUGCUUUAGUUGGAUCUGAAGAAGCAGGAGGAGAUGUUGUUGAAAGCACUCCACAAAGACACCUGAAAAACAGACUCCGAGGCUCUCCAUUAUACACAGCUCCAGAAGUAAUAAAAGGAGAAGACUUCUCCAAGUCCAGUGAUCUGUGGUCCUUAGGAUGUUUACUUUAUGAAAUGUUCUCAGGAAGACCACCAUUCUUCUCAGAGAACUCUUCAGAAUUAAUUGAAAAGAUUUUAUAUGAGGAUCCACUGCCACCUAGGCCAAAGGGUUCUGCUUUUCAGAAACCUUCUGCAGAGUUCACUAGCUUACUUGAUGGAUUGCUCCAAAAGGAUCCUCAGAAGAGGCUCAAUUGGACAGACAUAUUGCAACAUCCAUUCUGGAAAGACUCCCUUAGCCAUUGUGACGGUGAUUCUUCAGACAGCCAGGGCUCAAGCACUGAAGACUUGGAGUCAUGGAAUACCAAGGGGCCAGAAGAUGCAUGUACAAACCUAUCACCUUCAAGAGCAGAUAAUAAGCUACUAAGGAAUUCUUUCAAAAUAGUAGAAAAUCCAACUGAAUUGCGCCCCAAAAAUGCAGUUGGUGGAUCAAAUGAAUCCAUAUUUCUUCUGAGUUCUCGUCCUACUCCUAGAACCAGCACUGCAGUACAAGCAACUGAUGUUACUAUUGCCCCAAUCCAAAAUUCUCCACAAAAGGAUUCAAGCAUGACAAGGGCUAAAAAUGUGUGCUCAAGUCAGCAGGAUAUGGAGUCAGCAUUGAAAGAGCUCAUUUAUACUGAAUCUGAUCUUAUCGUAACACCAAUCAUUGACAAUCCAAAGAUAAUGAAGCAAGUGCCAGUUAGAUUUGACUCAAAAGCUUUACAUGUACCAGCAUAUUCAGCUGAGAAGUUGUCAUCUCUGAAGGAUGCGGACUGGAAUGACUUCUUGCACCAAGCAUGUUUGUUGCUUGAUUCCACUGAGAAGAAUCCAGGAACAGCACGUUCUAAACUGAAUUUACUGUCUUACCUCUGUACUGUGGCUGGCCACAGGGAAGUUGCAAGCAGGCUAAUUAACUCUCAGCUGUUUCCAGUGUUAAUACAGCAGCUGCGUGCCGCCACCAACUGGGAUAUACGUGCUAAAGUGGCUCGAGUGAUUGGUUUGCUCGCACUGCACACAUCUGAGCUUGGAGAAAGCAUACCUGUGUCUGAGGCAUUUAUAAUUCUAACUGAACUCAUCAGAGAGAACUUCAGAAAUAGCAAAUUGAAACAAUGCCUUUUACCAGCACUUGGGGAGCUUCUUUAUCUCGUAGCCAGCAAGGAGGUAAAAAAAGAGCACCCCAGAGAGUGCUUGGUUGUUCCCUCAGCAGCUUACACUGUGCUAAUGAGGUGUCUUCGGGAAGGGGAAGACCGGAUAGUGAACCAUUUGGCAGCAAAGAUCAUUGAAAAUGUUUGCACUACUCUCUCCUGCUAUGCACAAGGAUUUAUUACAGGAGAAAUCGGACCUGUCUUAUGGUACCUUUUCACACAUUCUACCAUAGAUUCUUUGAAAAUAACUGCUGUUUCGGCUUUAUGCAGAAUUACUCGUUAUUCACCCAGUGCUUUCCAGAGUGUCAUUGAGAAGGUGGGAUUAACAGCUGUACUAAAUUCCUUGCUAACUGGAAUAUGCAAAAUACAGCAGUACAUGCUCACCAUGUUUUCUGCAAUGUUGUCGUGUGGAAUUCAUCUCCAGAGGCUGAUACAAGAAAAGGAGUUUGUGACUACAAUUAUUCGUUUACUUGAAAGUCCUUCAACUUUCAUACGAGCAAAAGCAUUUCUGGUCCUGUUGCAAGUUUUAAUAAAUAGCAGGGAAAUGUUGCUUCUCAGUUGUCAAGCAAGGCUUGUGAUGUAUAUUGAAAGAGACAGCAGAAAGACCACAGCAGGAAAAGAGCAGCAAAGCGGCAAUGAAUACCUGUCAAAAUGCCUGGAUCUUCUCAUCCAUCACAUUGUACGAGAGCUGCCAGGAAUUCUAGGUGACAUUCUCAAUACCUUAACUAACGUCUCUGGACGCAAACACCCAUCAACAGUUCAGGCCAAACAGCUGAAGAUGUGCCUUCCCAUGAUGCCUGUAGUGCUUCAUCUUGUGACAUCCCAGGUAUUUCGUCCUCGCAUUGUCUCAGAAGAGUUUCUUUUCAACUAUGGGACCUUACUUAAUUUUAUUAGAUCGAUAGAAUCAGGAGAAACAAAUUUGGAUGGAGCAAUAGGUCCAGCUGCAUCAGAAGAACUGAUUAAGAAUACUUUAUCAACGUUUGAAGCAAUAACACUUCAUCCUGCCUUGUUGACAAUCCACCACUUGACUGUUGAAAGCUGCAUCCUCCCACCACUAGUUUCUUUGGUCCACAGUCAGAAUGUGGAAUGGAGACUCUUCAGUUUGCGGUUGCUCUCAGAAACCACAUCACUACUCUUAAACCACAAGGUUAUGGCUGAGGAGAAAGAGGAGAGCCUCGACUCAAACAGGAAGCUUCUGUCUCUCAUUAGAGAUUCAUUGCUGCCCCAGUAUGAGUAUAUCCUUAUGGCUCCAGACCCAGUACCACUGUAUGCUCUGAAACUGUUGGUGGCCCUGACUGAACACAGCCCUUCUUCUGUGAGCCUUCUGGAAGAAAACCAUCUUUUUCCACCUCUUUUCCAAGUCAUCUUGGAGCACCAAGACAAUAUACUGGGGAAUACGAUGCAAACUGCAGUCGCCUUACUGAACAACGUGGUCGCCAACAAAAGCACAAAGAUGAUGUUACUUUUUGCAGAAGGACUGGCUCCUCACAUCUGUAAUCUCCUAAUAGAAACUGUGGCUCUGUACUUGGAGGCAGAUGAUAAAAGCAGCACCAAGACAGCAAAUGCACUGCUGCUGUCCUUGCUUGACAUUUUGCACUGCAUGCUGAUGUACACAACAAACAUUGUGCGCCAGACAUUGCAGGCACAGAAAUCCGGCACAGGAGGGGACACACAGGCUGCUGAAGACCUUCUGCUUAUCAAUAAACCCCUGACGGACCUAAUUAGCCUGCUUAUUCAACUGCUUCCCAGUGAAGAUACUGAAAUAUUUGAGAAUGCUUCACGGUGCUUAUCGCUGCUGGUUCAGCUGUACGGAGGGAACAGUCAGGAGAGCAUGACUCCAGAAAACAUGGGCAGCUUUGCUGAAGUGCUGAAAUCCAGAAAAGAUACACGGCAUCGGAAGGUUUUGUUGAGAAUUAUAAAGAGACUGAUAACUUCAAACGAGAAGUGCUUGGAGAGCCUGAAGAGUGAUGGCGAUGCUCUGCUCUGUGCUCUGCAGAGCCUGGCCCAGCCUGCCAGCUCUCACGCUGAUGUUGCUGUUGCCUCCCUGGCAUCUGAAAUUCUGAGAACAGUGGCACAUGAAAAUCCAAAGCUGACCAAGUGAACUACUUUUGACCAGCCCAUUGAAAAGCACAGCUGUGUGUGAUGCUCAACACUGUCCUGAAUCAACAUCUUCACACAGUCCUAACUCAGCGAGCCAGCGAGUCACUGCUGUGUCUGAGCACAGGCAUGGUUUUGUCUUCUUCAGAAGGAACAGCUUUCUUUUUUCAAGCCCCUUAUGGGGCUUCUUGAUUACUAUUUUACCUCGCUGGCAGUGCGUGAUGUAGUGUGAGUACUUGACAACUAUAGAGUUUGAGAAGAGUAGAUAAAAUAAAUAGUUUAGUUGCUUCACAGUAUGGGCAUAAAGUGUUUCACUGUUCUAAGGUGUGUUAGAAAUGUGACACUGGUGUGUUAAAGCAACUGCAUGUUGCUGCCACACCUAGAAGGCAGGGACUUUCCUGAGUUGCUGAUACCAGUCCACCUUUGGACAGCCCUUUCUCUAAGUGGGGAGGCAAGCCAACAACACAAGGUAAACAGACUUCACCUUGUACUUUCUACUGGAAUUGCUUUCUUACAAAACCUUUACUAUCACUGUAUCUAUCCCUUUUUAAAGCUUGACAGCUGAAAUUAGAGCUGGAGGUUUCAGAAAGGAAGAAAAUCUUGCACAUUAUUUGGUGAAAUGUUUUAUAAUAACCUUCUAGUGCACAUGUUGCUGGGAGGAGUGAAACUGGGUUACUCAAUGAGAUGUCACCAUAGCUGCAGUUCAUCUGCUCUGUAAGCAGAGGAAAGCACUUCUGUAGUUUGCUUCAGCUCUCAUCUCCUUGGGAUCCUACCAUGAGCUGUGAUCCUUUACAGCUUUUUCCCCUUGUGAUCUUCUGCGGCAAGCUGCUGCUCUGAGGCAGGAUGAGCACUCUGGGCAGAGGCUGGUGACAGCUGCAGAGUGCAGAUGUGUGCAGUCUAUAAAUUAGCCAGCAGUUAAGAACAGCAUUACCCACUUCCAGCUGCACAGGUGCUGCCUCUAGAGAAAACAAGCUGCAUGCAGGUCCUAUCUCAAGUGGGAACUGAGGGCUGAGUACACCUGAAAAUGAGUUAAAGCUAGUGGAGCAGAUGAGAAUUUUUAAGUGAAGGACUUUCUCCCCCUCGUACUGACAGUAUGCUUCUGACAUGUGUUGCUUCAUAUUUUUCAAUUGAUUUUUUGACCACAGGACAGUAUGUGCCUUGCAGGCCAGGCACUAAGUGUAGCUGCCUCGCUGAGGAAGCUGCUGCAGCAAAGCAGCAGCAGUUCAAGGGAAAAAACAUUGCAGGAGGAAGCCUCUGUGGUUAUAGCUCUGAGUUCUGAAGGACAGAAUAGUCCUCAGUGGGAUGGUUUCUGCCUUUGAAGUAGUGAAAGUGUUGUGCAAUUUGAGAACAGGUUUUGGAAAACCUGCCAACACAGAACUAUACAGUCUGAAAUAAUUUGACACAGAGUGAAUUAAAAGUUUACUUUAAUUUUGAACCAUUUUAUAACUGCAUUUUUCUCAUGAAGCAUCUGUAUCACAGCAGGCUACAAUAACUUUGGGAUAAAAGGCAACUGGUAAACUGUCCAAUACAAGGUUCCAAAUAAACAGUUCUUACUGGCCCCUACCCAGACAUAUCCCAGAUAAAGUUUUUGAUCAAAAACAUGAAAUAGAUCCACCUGCUUAUUUUAAGCAUAUUAAAAAGGAAACUAAUUGGACCAUUUCUAUUUGUCUAGUUUUUUUAUACAAAAAGGCUACACAAUGUUACACUUUAUUCAGAAUACAGUUAGAGCGAUUAUGAAUUAGUGUUCUACACCUUUACUCAAUCCUUAAAAAUUAGAAACUGCUGUAGCAUAUUCACUAUAACUUAAUACUACGAGAGACUUAAAAAAAAAAAAAA